ACCUAGUUUUCAUCGGUUUUAAUUCCUGUUUAACUACAGGAACUAGAUAACAUUUUGAAACGCAAGCUAAGGAGAAAAGGAAAAAGAAGUUUUCUAAACCACAGGGUAGAAUGGCGAGACAAGAAACACAGUGUGUCAUUCACCAUUCAAAGCUGACUUCCUAUUGUAACGUUUGUGGCGAAUUUGUGUGCAAUUUGUGUAAGCAGUCUAAAUACGGAAAACAUGAAGGUCAUCAUUACAUGACAGUUACGGAAAAGACAAAUGAAUUAAAGGAAGAAAUUUCAGAAUAUCAAAAGAUGAUAACCGAUAAAAGUCUUAAACCGCUUCGGGAAAAUAUUCACGAGCACUACUUAGUCAAAUCUCGCCUAGACAGUAACUGUGAUGAACUCACCAGUGAAGUCGAAAAGAGAGAGAAGCAUUUUAUCAAAGAGAUACAAAGAGCAUCACAGAAGUUGAAAAACAUUAUAAAUGGACACAGACUUGAAUUCAGUCCUGGCUUAGCGAGCAGAAUUGCGCAACUUGAGGAUAAGAAACGGGAAAUUGACAGUUUGAUGAAAACUUGUGAAAAUGUGAUUAACACAGGAAACACCUAUGAAAUUUUGGAGUUCAGUAAAACAAAAAAGUCUGAUUUGAAUACAACACAUAGUUCUCCGAGACAGGUCCCAAAGUUAGAAUUGCACACACCUAGGUCUGGCUCUCUUGUUGGUGACAGCUUUGGAAAUAUACGGAAGUCAAGGGCUAUUUUCACAGAUGAAAUUAAAGUAUUGAAAUCUUGGAGCUAUGACAUGUACAUUGAAAACAUGUUCACGAGAAAUGACUGCGUCUGGAUUAGUAAGACGGGAUUUUUUGUGUCUGUGAAACCAAAGACAGCCGAGGAGGUAGAAAGAAAGCUCUGUCCUGUUCAUCCUUCCGGUUUUAUAGUGACAACUUCUGGAGAAAUAAUAUAUUCUGUAUCUAAUGAACACUGUAUAUACAAAAUAACCCCGGCGUUAACCGUGCGGUUAAAACACUCUUACCCUUAUUUACCAUGUGGAUUGUGUUUGGCCAUUAAUGGCGGAUUCUAUGUGACUAUGCAUAAACACGGAGCUGACGGGAAAAUAGUGCAUUAUUUUAAUGAAGAAUGCGCAGACUGGUUGGAAAUAAUGUGCUACCGAAAGGGAGUAUCCCUUCUGAAGAAACCUAUUAAGAUUGUUGAGAAUGGUAAUAGAGACCUUUGGGUCGUUGAUGCUGCCUCUGAAAGUGUUAUCGCAAUGAACAGUGCGGGAAAAUUUAAAUUCGAAUACACUGGAAGCCGAACAUGUUUUGAACCAAUUGGUAUAUGUACUGAUUCUAGAUAUAAUGUACUUAUUUCGGAUUUUGGACAUAAAAUGAUAGAUAUACUACUUCAAGAUGGCCGAUUUCUAACUUCAAUAAAGCUGCAGCCAUUGGGCAUCAGCCGACCAAUGGGACUCUGUGUUACAAAGGACGGUCAUCUAUGUGUGGGACAGGGUAAUGGGUGUGUCCAUGUAUUACGAUAUUAACAAUGAUUGUCAUACUCAGGUGCAAUAUGGUGAUAUUAUAUUCUCUUUAUCUAGUCAGUAUUCAUAAUAUGAUUAUUUUUGAAAUAUAAAGUCUGUUUCGUCUUUGCAAGCCUUUGGUCAAACUUAUCUUAGUUGAAAAUAAAAUGAAUGUAAAAUUA